UCAUCCAUGGCAUAAACAAAUUGGGAGCUCCACGGAGCUAUCGUGUUUGUUGAUAUUCGAAAGACUGUCUCGCGUCGCGGUAAUUAAUUAUAAUUUAAUUAAUUUAUAGCUAAUUCUGACUGUAUCGUUGAAGGAUAUUGGGAAAAAUGAAGUAUGUAGCUGUGCUUCUGUGUGUGGUGGCAGCCGCCAGCGCUGUCUCCUUCUUUGACCUGGUUCGUGAGGAAUGGACCGCAUACAAGAUGGAACACAAUAAACAAUACGUAUCAAAAGAAGAGGACAAGUUCCGCAUGAAAAUCUAUGCUGAGAACAAGCACAAGAUCGCCAAGCACAACCAGAAGUACGAACAAGGCCAGGUCUCGUUCAGACUGAAACAGAACAAGUACGGAGAUCUGCUGCAUCAUGAGUUCGUGCACACCAUGAACGGCUUCAACAGGACUAACAAACACAAGGGUCUCCUCUCCAAGGCCGCUGGCGUCCGGGGCGCCACUUUCAUCUCUCCGGCCCACGUCACCCUUCCCGACCAGGUGGACUGGAGGAAGAAGGGCGCCGUCACCGAAAUCAAGGACCAGGGCAAAUGCGGAUCCUGCUGGUCGUUCAGUACUACCGGCGCUCUCGAAGGCCAGCAUUUCCGCAAGAGCGGCUACCUGGUGUCCCUCUCCGAACAGAAUCUGAUCGACUGCUCGGCGGCCUACGGCAACAACGGUUGCAAUGGUGGACUUAUGGACAACGCCUUCAAGUACAUCAAGGACAACGGAGGCAUCGACACUGAGAAGUCUUACCCCUAUGAGGCUGUGGACGACAAGUGCAGGUACAAUCCCAAGAACUCCGGCGCUGACGAUGUUGGCUUCACGGACAUUCCUCAAGGAGACGAACAGAAGCUUCUAGAGGCGGUGGCUACUGUGGGACCAGUGUCUGUGGCCAUCGAUGCGUCGCAAGAAUCCUUCCAGUUUUACUCUGAUGGAGUAUACUAUGACGAGAACUGCUCGUCUGAGAACCUCGACCAUGGGGUGCUCGUAGUCGGGUACGGCACGGACGAGUCCGGCGGCGACUACUGGCUGGUGAAGAACUCGUGGGGCCGCAGCUGGGGUGACCUCGGUUACAUCAAGAUGGCGCGCAACCGCAACAAUCACUGCGGCAUCGCCUCCGCCUCCUCUUACCCUCUAGUUUAAAUUUUGAACACCGCAAAAAUAUGUUUUAGAACUCCACGAAAACAUCAACUGGCCACCACUCUACCGAUCUUGGCUUGUAGACACAUUGGAGUUCUAAUAACGAAAGAUAGACCGACAUGCCAUAUCUACUGCCAAGAACACUUCAAAAAUAUCAAGUUGCCACCUAGUUCUUAACAAUGUUUACACAUUGGUUAAUAAAAUAAAAGAAAGACACCAUCUUAACAUCUACUACCAACAUGCAAAGAAAAUAAAUAAUAUUUUUGUAAAUUCUAGACCUAAAAUAACACAAAAACAGUACGAGACCUUAUUGUAUUUUUUUAUUGUUUAAUGCUCUUAUUAUACUACAAAGCGUUGUAUCUUCCAUUUUUAGUUGGAAUACAGAGGUCGUUACUUAUUGAAAUAAAUACAAACUGUUGGUGGCACCGCAUUUUAUAAAUUUAGAAGCCGAUAAUGUCAGAUUUUUGGCUUACUAGAUAUAAAACUAAAAUUAAAUAAAAAUCAAAAUGUAGAAAGGCUAGCCUAUUGUGAUCAGUGGCUAUAAGUUAUAUAUAAAAGAUCUUAGUGAUGUCUAAUUAUAAGUUUCUGAAGCUUUACAAAUUUAUACUUAGUUGUAAGGCUAUGGAAUUGUGAAAUUUGUAAAUUUUAUCUACUUUAAGUUUUAGCACUAGUGAAUGUCGCAACCCUGUGUAACCCUGUGUAAAAAAGUAGCGUCUAUGCCAUUGUCACAGUAAUAAAGCAAAAAAAAAUCUAAUACUCUUAUGGUACUUACUGAGACUUUUUGACAGUGACAUUUCUGAUCAUUCCAUUGCUUCAACGAAACAUCACAUUUUAUUUUUUUGGGUCUUGUAAAAAUUUGCGAAUUAAAAAAUUACACAGUUUUAUAAGGCCUAGACUAGACUAAGUAGUUUUAAUGCUAGGUUAAGUUCCAAUUUUACGUUGUGAUAUGAUUUGCGACUGUGAGAAAUAUAAAUAUA